AUUUUUGAAGCGGGUUAUUACACACACGUUAAAAAAUGUUUUUUACUUGCUGGUACUUGGCCCGAACAAUCAAAAUUUUUAUCUUAUACAAUACGUACUAUUUUCAUUGGAGUAUGUAUGGCAUGUAUGACUCCAGCGUUUGUACAUAUAAUUCAUUGUUGGGGAAAUUUUAGUGAAUUUAUAGUAUGUUUACCGAUCCAAGGAGCUGCUAGCAUUGGAUUUCUAAAAUAUUGCUUAAUACUUGCUAAACAAUCUAUGAUUUCAAAAAUUAUUAAUAUUAUUAAUGAUGAUUGGGAAUUAUAUAAUAAAACACAAAAAAUUAGUGAAGCAAUGCAUAUUAGUGCUGUUAAAGGAUCUCAAUUUACACUAUAUUAUAUAUAUUUUAUGACUGCAGCAGCAAUAUUAUUUUCAGCAAGUUCUUACAUUCCAAUUGUACUAGAUAUAGUUAAUCCACUAAAUGAAAGUCGUCUAAAAACAUUUCCCUAUGAAGUUGAUUAUGUUGAUAGUUCAAAUGUAUAUUCUUAUAUGCGAAUUCACAUACUAUGGCUUAUAGUUGCUUUUAUUUUAAUUGUAUGGAUUUUUACAACAGAUUGUUUUAUUUUGAUGAUGGUUGAACAUUGUUCAAGUUUAUUUCAUGUAGUUGGUGUUAUAUUAGAAGAAUUAGAAACAAAAAAUUCAAGAAAUACUGAAAAACAUGAAAAAAAUAUUAUUUCUCGUGCUAUUGUUGUUCAUCAACAUGCUAUUAUGUUAUCAGAACUGAUAGAAAGUUUUGUAACUGUAAUGUAUGGUGCUGUUUUUUUAAUCGACAUGACUAUAAUAAGUAUCGGAGGUUUUCAUAUGAUCCUAAAAUGGGAAGAUAAAAAUGAAGUUAUGAAAAUGGCUGUUUUUAUAAUUACUUUGAGUUCAGUAUUAUUUUUUAAUACAAUACCAAGUCAACGUUUAAUAAACAAUAGUGAAAAUGUUUUUUAUAGAAUUGCUGAUUGCCAAUGGACUGACCUAACAGUCAAAUCACAAAUUUUAAUUCAAAUGAUGCUUAUAAGAAGUAUUCAAGUCAGUACGUUAACAGCGGGAAAAGUAUAUCCAAUUAACAUGAAAAAUUUUAGUAAAAUAAUGAAAACUUCAAUGUCUUUUUUUACGGUAAUGAAAUCAAUGCAAUAG